AUGUUUUUUCGCACUGCUCUCCGCAGCUGGAUUAAUAAUAACACGAAGGUCAUCUGCCAAGGUAUUACUGGUAAGCAUGGCACCUACCACACACAGCAGGCUAUUGAGUAUGGAACAAAAAUGAUUGGUGGUGUCAAUCCCAAAAAGGCCGGAAUGAACUACCUUGGAUUACCUGUCUUUGGUACCGUCACGGAGGCUGUUAAGGCAACAGGCGCUGACGCCACUGUGAUCUACGUCCCUGCACCUCACUGUGCGGCCGCUGUUGAGGAGGCCCUUGAUGCCGAAAUUCCCCUUGUUGUUGUCAUUACUGAGGGAAUUCCGCAGUGGGAUAUGCUUCGCGUGAAGUCCAUGCUUCUUUCUCAGAACAAGACGCGUCUGAUUGGACCCAACUGUCCUGGUAUUAUCCGUCCGGAAGAGUGCAAAAUUGGUAUCAUGCCUGGUCAUAUCCACCAGAAAGGCUGCAUUGGUGUGGUAUCCCGGAGCGGCACACUCACAUAUGAGGCGGUUGCUCAGACCACAGCGAAGAGUCUCGGCCAAUCGUUGUGCGUUGGUAUUGGUGGCGAUCCGUUCAAUGGUACGAACAUGAUUGACUGUGUCAAAUUUUAUCUUGAGGAUCCUGCGACGGAGGGUAUUAUUCUUAUUGGUGAGAUUGGUGGAACUGCAGAGGAGGAAGCCGCAGAGUUUAUCAAGAACCACCCCAUCAAGAAGCCGGUGGUAUCAUUCAUUGGCGGCAUGACUGCUCCGCCAGGCCGUCGUAUGGGCCAUGCAGGUGCCGUGGUUUCUGGUGGACAGGGUACAGCAAAGGGCAAAAUGGAAGCGUUGAAAGCUGCGGGCGUCAUUGUUUCUGAGUCCCCUGCCCAGCUUGGUGAGCUGAUGGCCGAGGCUAUCAGUAAGAAGCGCGGAACAGCGUAA